GAAAAUAAAAAUAAAGAAAGAAAUACCCAAAGGCCACACAACACAGAGCAGAACAGCGAAGAAAGAAAAACACAGAACCAAACCUAAACUCGCCAUCAAAUAAAUUACAAACUUUUCCUUUGUACUUGCAAAAAAAGUUUUCCUUUUAAUUGAUAAUUAAAAUUGAAUAGUUUUACUUCAAUUAUUCAUAAGAAAUGUCAAAUCAUUUUCAUUGUUUUUAAUAAUUUUACUCAACGAAGAAACUAAGGACAAAAAUUGCAUUAAAAACAGCCACGGAAGAGAAAAAUAAUAAAAAUGAGUUUCGACCAAAUUGAAAACGUUGAAAAAAUUCCUCUCAAACAAGCUGAAGUUUCAAUACGCAAAUUCAACGACCUCGCCAUUCCACACCACUUGGGUUUGUUGAAGAAUCACAAAUCCAACAUCGAAAAAUGUCUGGCGCUGGGCGAUUGGACAAAAAUCAAAAAGGAAGAAAUCAAUGCUAUGCGUGUGAUAAAACAAUUGAAGAAUCUGAUGCUGGAAAUGGACAUCCUGAGGGAGAAAGUUUGCGACGACGAUCGCCAAAAGUUCGACGAAAUGAUGUCACCGGGAAAGAACAAAGCCAUGGCAGGGAUGCGGGAAUAUUUGGAUCUGCAACUUAAAAGUCCCACAAGCACAACAAAAUCCGAUGACAAUGACGAAAACUCUCCCCUACAAGAAGACAAUGACACCUUACCCCAAAUUCAGGCGGAUUUUCAACUACAAGAGCACCAACUUAUAGCCCGACAGGCUUGUCUCAAAGAAUUCGACAAUUUGCAAAGAGAAGUCCAAGACCUGCAUAGCAUGUUCCAAGAUGUACGAGUUCUCGUACAGGACCAAGCCGAGAGCGUACAAGUAAUAGCGGAUAAUGCCGAAGAAGCUCUAGAGAAUGUACAAAUGGGCGAAGCGCAUCUGCAACAAGCCCUAGCCUAUAAAAAAGCCAUGUAUCCUGUAAUGGGUGCUCUAUUGGGAACUUGUGUCGGUGGACCGAUCGGUCUGUUGGCGGGGAUAAAGGCUGGAGGACUGGCUGCAGUGGGCUGUGGUAUUCUUGGAUUCACUGGCGGACAAGUUCUCAACAAUAACAAUGCCAUCGCAGCACCUCCAGUAGAUGAGAAGAAGGAUGAAUGACCUGAGGAGAACGAUGGUAGUAGAAGGCGGUGGCGUGUCUGCACGGUACAGUGAUUGAAAUGGCUUCGUUAUUGUUGUUGGUUUGUCUCCCCCUUUCUGAAUGUUGAACUUGUUUUUACCAGCUGCUUAACACACAAUCACUCACAUGACAGUUUGUGGCUAGCUUAUUUGCCUUGGAAGUCCUCUUUUGUUACGUUUCUCUUUUCCGCAAAUUCGUUUUUAAGUCAAUUAUGUUUUUUAUCUAAACUAAUAAAAAGGAAAAUAAAUGUAUUCUAUAUUUAAGACAAAAGUU